AUGGGCUGUUGCGCGCCGACCACCGUGCCGGCUGCGGACGAGGAGACGCCGUUCGCGGGGCUGCAGAUCUCCACCCCCUCCUCCGCCUCUGCGAGGAAGAGGAAGAACCGGCCAGCCGGGACACCAGACCCGGAGGCGGAGGUGGUGUCGCUGUCGCCGCGGACGCUGAUGGACUCGUCCAGGUACGCGUGCGACAUCUGCGGCAAGAUGUUCCGGCGGGAGCAGAAUCUGGUGUUCCACCGGCGGGGCCACGACAUGCCGUGGACGUUGAAGAAGCUGGAUGCGGCGGCGCCGCCGCGGAGGAAGCGGCGAGAUGAGGCGGCGGCAUCGCGGAAGAAGCGGGCGUUCGUGUGCCCGGAGCCCAGCUGCCUGCACCACCACCCCUCCCAUGCCCUCGCCGACCACUGCGGCAUCAAGAAGCACUUCCUCCGCAAGCAUGGCGGCCACCGCCAGUGGGCCUGCGCCCGUUGCUCCAAGGCCUACGCCGUCCUCAACGACUACAAGGCCCACGUCAAGAGCUGCGGCGGCCACUCCGGCGGCCCCAUCUUCACCCGGUACGCGCUCUGCUAG